AUGAUGAAAUACGAAUGCAGGCUCCACUUCAGAAAGUAUCCUAAAGAGGGAGAAAUAGUUAUGGGAAGGGUUGUAUCUAUAGGAGGAGACGGGCUAACCUUGAAUCUUCUAGAGUACGGGGAUCUAGAAGGGCUUGUGCUCCUCGGGGAGCUGUCAAAAAGGAGGGUGAAGAACAUACAGCAAGUGACAAAGGUUGGGAACAUCGAAAUAUGUAAUGUUCUGAAGGUUGAUGAAGAAAAAGGGUACAUAGAUUUGAGUAUGUCCAAGGUUACUGAGAAUGAGAAGGUUGAAUGCAAGGAGACCAGUGCAAAGAACAAGCUUGCAUACCACAUUAUGUUCAAGGCUGCAAAAAGGCUGAAGAUGGAGGUGUCUGAUCUCUAUAAAAAGAUGGGGUACGAUAAAGAAGAGGAGUUUGGAUCCUUGUACUACUUUUUUGCAAGGGUCAAGGACAACGGAGACAUCAUGGAUGAUGAUGAUAUUGGACUAACUAUUAAGAACCUUAUAAAAGAGCAAUUCCAGGCAUCCACAUAUAAAGUCCGUGCAGAUAUCGAUGUCAUAUGCUCGUCAAAAGGGGGAAUAAACUCCAUAAAGAAGGUUUUUGCUGAAGCCUUGGGGCUUGAUCCAAGGCUCGAGUUCUACCUGAUCAAAACGCCCACAUAUUCUGUGACACGUGUAUCCAGCAACAAGGAUAAGGCCUAUGAGGUGGUACGGGAGGCAUGUAAUGUCCUGAUCUCGAAUAUUCAGAAGGAGGGGGGAACUGCCACUGUGAUAAGCCAGCCCAAGCUAUAUGGAGAGAAAUCAAGAUACAACCUGCUGAACUUUGAAGAGAACGAGGUGUCUUCUUCUGAAUAA